AAUUGUUUUUGUUUCCUUUUUAUUAUAAUAAUAAAACAAAACCAUGUCAAUAAAAUUGUCAAAUUAGUAAUUUUAAUCCUUAAAUCGAUAUGUCGCCGAAAUUAUCAAAAGAAGAAAAAAAAGCUUUAAAAGCGGCGAAAAAAGCCGAAAAGAAACGUUUGGCUGCAAUCAAAGCGCGUCAAUUAAAAAUCGAUGAACUCCAACGCGAAUUAAAAUAUGGACGAUUAACCGUUAAAAGGCAUGAGAAAUCAUGGAAAGAUUUAUUACUCAGCAUCGGAAUCCCAGAAAUAAAAAAGCAAUUAGAAUACGCUUGGCAUAAUUUUGAAAUAGCCAUAGAUGCCAAAGAUUUUCAAAUAUCCCUAUUAAUGGAUGCCAUAAACGAAGCUGAGGAGCAAUACAUGAUGAACAUUCGGAAUCAUUGCGAAAACGUAAAUAAAUUAUUUUUAUUAUUUAAAGAACAAUUAGAAGCAUUGAACCAAGAUAGCAAAGCGGAAGUACGCAAUAUGAGAAUGUUUAACGAAUUAGAAGUUGAACGAUUAAUGAGCAAACACAGAGAUGAUGUCGACUUUUUAAACAUGAUGUUAUUCGGAUUAGAAAUGAUGCAAAAAGAACACGAACAAUACAUUCGUUGCGAAUAUUGCGCGAGAAUGGAAGACGAGCAAAAUAAAAACAACGAAGCCCUUCAAAAAUUAAGCUUUGAUAUCCACGAGAAAUACAUGAAAGUUUGGAACGACACAAUGGAUUUCGUAACAUCAUUCAAUGAUAAGACGGCACAAAAAAGAAAACAAUAUUUGAUUUUAAACGCUGCCGAAGAACAAGUUAACACAUUAAUGCAAAAUCAAUUGGAAAGAAUCGCCCAACUUUUCGAGUUAAUUAGAAAGUUAAAAUAUGAAACGGCCAGAUUACACCGUUCCAUCGGACAAAAAGCGGGCGAUUUAAUCAUCGAAAGAUACUUUUACGCGGACACUUUUUGGUCGUUAAAAUCACAAUUGGAAAAAGAACUUAAUUUCGACGACAGCAAAUUGACUUUGUUCACCAUCGAAGCGAACGAAGCGAUGGAUACGUUAAAAAAAAUCGAAACCAAAGGUUCGUACAUUUUGCAAUUAGCCUCGAUGUGUCGUAAAUACGAAACGAUACAAGAAAAAGUUUUACCAUUCCCGAUGUUGGGGAAAAACAUUAAGGUUAACGUAAUGGAUUGCGAGUAUUUUCGAGACGUCUACGAAUUAAAAACGUUUUGGAAAAGAUUUGGACAGGCGGAUGCCAUCCGAUAUAGCAUGUACGAGGAAAAGAAAUUUUUAGAAUCGCAAAAUAAAGGAAUUAGACAGAAAAUUCAUCAGUAUUGUGAAUGCUUGAAUUGCGUUGCUUAUGAAAAUCCAGGUGAACAAUUAAAACCGAGGGUUCCAAUUAUUAAUAUUGAUGGUGGACUACAAUCUGCGUUGAAAUUUAAUAAUCAAGAUUUUGGUUUUAAAAAGAAUUAAAAAUUUAAAAAUAAAUAAAUGUAUUGGUUUUAAUUUAAAAUUACAGUAAAGUGUCGAUUAUCCGUGUUUAGAUUAACCAUGCUUGUGAUUUAUAUAUUUUUUAAUUUUAACAAA